AUGGAAAGCCAAGCAUCCCUGUGGAAUGCCGACGGCGGAUCAGGGCAGUCCACAAUUGACAAGGCAGGUAAUGCGUGGGAGUAUUUUACUGCUCGAUCAUUUUGA